GGUGCCUGACCACCAGGGAAAUGGCUGGGAGGCAAGCACGAGCUUGGCGGAAGUGACCGAAGCCCCCCUGGAGCAGAGGGGCCGCGGGGAGGGGGCGAGGCGGGGAGGCACUCGGAUUUGCAGGGACUGUGGGCGCCCGCUUCCGCCGCUGUCUCAAAGAGCAGGCGCGGUCUCUCUAGGCACCGCGGAGGCCUCGGCUCUCAGUGGCCCCGGGGCGCCGGCCAGGAAUCCUUGACCAGGAAAAGCCGGAGGCAGACGGGGCAAUCCGACCCUCAGGCGUCCCGGUCCAGGACAGGGGUGGGGGGUGGGGACAGGGGGCGGGGUCCCCUGGGAUUGACGACUGCGCAGACCCGGCAGGACGGCCCCUUUGUCUCAGCGAGCUGAGACAGCCGCCACCGGGCGAAAAGGUUGCAGCAGAUGAAAGUGAUGUUGCCGGGAAAAGAGGAUGGAUGGCUUAGUUGAACACCGGCGUCCUGAUCACCAGAACCCACUUUUAAAAAAACAGAUGUGGUGAUGAAUGCUGUUAUCCCCGGCUCUGAGGAGGAGACAAGCAGAUUCCUGGAGCUCACUAGCUUACAUGCCCCCCGGGAUCCUCUGACGACUCUUGUCCUCGCAGACCCAAGAAACCAAGGAUGGCAGCAGCCGGACUCCUGCCGCUGCCCGCAGGACCCCAGGUCAAGGUGACCUUCGAGGACGUGGCUGUUCUGCUGUCUCAGGAGGAAUGGGCCCGCCUGGGCCCUGCUCAGCGGGGCCUCUACCGAAAUGUGAUGAUGGAGACCUACGGGAAUGUGGUCUCACUGGGACUCCCAGGAUCCAAGCCCGUUGUGAUCUCCCAGUUGGAGCGAGGAGAAGAUCCAUGGGUCCUGGAUGGGCAGGAAACUGAGCAGAGCCAGGGUCUGGGAGGUGGCCAUUCAGAAUGGAAAACCAAGGAAGAGAACCAGUACACAAAUUUGAACUUCCAGCCACUGAUCGCAGAUGAAAAGACAGUGCUCCUGGGGGACGCACCGUUGAAGGCUAAUGAAGAACAGUACAAAACAGAGAAUUUCUACCCGAGUCCAACCCCUGUCGGCCCCCAUAAUGUCCAGGGAUCGAGUCCUAGUGUACCACUCGCUCGACACCAGGUGGCCCCUAGUGGAGAGAGACCCUAUAUGUGCAUUGAGUGUGGGAAGUGCUUUGGUCGGAGCUCCCACCUCCUUCAGCAUCAGCGAAUCCACACCGGUGAGAAGCCCUAUGUAUGCCAUGUGUGUGGGAAGGCCUUCAGCCAGAGUUCUGUCCUUAGUAAGCACAAGCGGAUCCACACAGGCGAAAAGCCCUACGAGUGUAAUGAAUGUGGGAAAGCCUUUCGGGUGAGCUCAGACCUUGCCCAGCACCACAAGAUACACACGGGAGAGAAGCCUCACGAAUGUCUGGAAUGUGGGAAGGCGUUCACUCAGCUCUCCCACCUCAUCCAGCACCAGCGGAUCCACACAGGGGAGAGGCCGUACGUGUGCCCCCUGUGUGGGAAAGCCUUCAACCACAGCACUGUCCUGCGGAGCCACCAGAGGGUGCACACUGGAGAGAAGCCUCACGGGUGCAGCGAGUGUGGGAAGACAUUCAGCGUGAAGAGAACGUUGCUGCAGCACCAGCGGGUCCACACGGGCGAGAAACCCUACACGUGCAGCGAGUGUGGCAAGGCCUUCAGUGACCGCUCUGUGCUCAUCCAGCACCACAACGUGCACACCGGGGAGAAGCCGUACGAGUGCAGUGAGUGUGGCAAGACCUUCAGCCACCGCUCCACCCUGAUGAAUCACGAGAGAAUUCACACCGAGGAGAAGCCCUAUGCGUGCUAUGAGUGUGGGAAGGCCUUCGUUCAGCACUCACACCUCAUCCAGCACCAGAGAGUCCACACCGGAGAGAAACCCUACGUGUGCGGAGAGUGUGGGCACGCCUUCAGCGCGCGCAGGUCUCUGAUCCAGCACGAGAGAAUCCACACGGGCGAGAAACCCUUCCAGUGCACGGAGUGUGGCAAAGCGUUCAGCCUCAAAGCGACCCUCAUCGUGCACCUGAGGACCCACACAGGCGAGAAGCCCUAUGAGUGCAAUAGCUGUGGCAAGGCCUUCAGCCAGUACUCGGUACUCAUCCAGCACCAGAGGAUCCACACGGGAGAGAAACCUUAUGAGUGUGGGGAGUGCGGACGUGCCUUCAACCAGCACGGGCACCUGAUCCAGCAUCAGAAAGUGCACAAGAAGCUCUGAUCCUUGGCAGUCAGAAGCCCAACUGAGAACACGCAGGAUACCUGAACAGUCUUCCUCCUCCCAGGAAGGAAUUCUGUUAAAUCCGCAGGACCUUUCCUUGGUGACUCAAUGUCACGAUUCCUUUGCCUUCCUAGGGAAAAACAUUCUUCUACUGUUAGGUUUAUUUUCCGUAACAUCUUGAUGUUAUACUGGAGAAUAAGCCUACAGUUGUGGAUAUUGGUAAAGAUAGCCAUAAUUCUCCCUUUGCUCAUUUGACAUUAGCUUAUUGAAGCAACUGAAAAGUUCAGAAGGGACUAUUGACAUUGCAAAUGAGGUUCCUUUUCUUACAAGCUUCAUGACUUUCCUAAAUGCAUCUGAUCGUUCUAAUAUUGUUUUUAAAUUUACAACACUGGGCUAUUUUGUAUAUUUUUA